AUGUACAACCCCGUCGACUUCGAUCCCGGCCGCGACCUCGCCUCGGCAGCGCCAUACCGAACUUCAACCGCCUUCAACUCGGCCUUUGCCAACGCAAACAGAUCUCGUCAGCAGCCCGUGCAGCCCGGCCCGGCCGCAUUCCUUCGCGACACCUCCAACUUCGCCCAGCACUUUUCCGUAGACUCAUUCGCCCAUACCCAGCCUUCCGCUCAGCAACAUCCGCCCAUCAAUGACUCGUUCCAACCCUCGCACUCUGCUUUCGAUAUCUCUCUUGCUUCUCAGCCAAGCGCUGCACAGGCUCCUGGAUCGGGCCUCUUCAACAAGCCCGCCUUCAACACAGACGUCUUUGCCAGUGGCAAUGCUUCCGGAAUGCUCCCGACCCACAAGACCAACGGCGGCCUCCCCGGUUCCGCUGCCCAGCAGUCGAACGUUCUCGGGCAGCAACAGUCCAACGGCUUUCCUCACACUGCGCCGGCGCCCUACAUGAACGGCGGCGGUGCUUCGCAUCACUCGAUGCAGUCACAGACGCCCUACGGCCCUCAUCUUCCCACGGCCAACAAGGCCUUCCCGCCCAGUCAGCUCGCCUCGACCCAGGCCGCGGCUGCUCAAUCCUCGGUCCAGGAAGAAAUCUCGACCAUCUUCGUAGUUGGUUUCCCCGACGACAUGCAGGAACGCGAGUUCCAGAACAUGUUCACCUUCUCACCCGGCUUCGAAGCUGCCACGCUCAAGAUUCCUAACAAAGAACCGUCCGUCUACGGUCAGGGCGGACCCGCCAAUGGCUUCCGCCAGGGAAUGUACGGCCAGACUCACGGCGGGCCGAAUGACCCAUACAAUCUCGUCACGAUCAACCAGGGCGGCGUCGUCGUAGAUAAUGGCCGUGAUGGAACAACAUCGUCUUGGCAGCCUAACGACGAGCCUCAUUUCUCGCACAUGCUCAACGGUCCCAAUGGUGCUGCGAACAACCGCAAGCAGAUCAUCGGCUUCGCCAAGUUCCGCACUCGCGCUGAAGCGCUUGAGGCGCGCGACACACUUCAGGGACGUCGUGUCGAUAUCGAGAAAGGCGCCGUGUUGAAGGCCGAAAUGGCGAAGAAGAACCUGCAUACCAAACGUGGACUGGGACCUCUCCAGCUCCAGAACGGUGGCCCUGUUCCCGCGGAUGGUGCACCUACCGGCAACGGCCCGUCUGGCAUGGCUGCCUCAGAUGCUCUUCCUCGCGAUCGCGAAUUGCGCGAGUUUGGCUCGAUGAGCGGCCUUGGUGGGCGUCGUGACGCGCGCUUGGACAUGCGCGUCGAAGAUGAACUCGAUAUGCGCAAGGCGAGCAUCAUUGGUGGCGGCUUCGCAAGGGGAGCUCGGGAGCGUGCUGAAGAGGAAGACCGUCGUUGGAAAGGUGCCGAUCCGGUCAACUCGCGGGCUCGCGGCAGCGACGCUCUCAUGUACGAGGCGUUCCACUCUGUACCCUCUUCUCAGCGACCCACCGGCAACUCUCUGAUGUCGACGGCGGGUGUGGAAGGCGUGCCUGUCCAUCGCGCGUCUGUGUCGGCGUCGUGGGGUUCUGCUGCCCCUCGUAAGGCCACUCUACCCUCGAGUCUGCCCCAAAGGCCACCCUCUACCGGGCAGCAGCUUCAGUACUCUCCUCCGAGUCACGAGGACAUCUAUGCGCUUGGUGCCUUCUCCCCACCCUUGUCGGGGCAAUCGCUCCCACCGCACCCGUCGCUCCCUCUACGACCUCGUCAAUUCUCGCCUACCAGGGGGGAGUACUCGGACUCGAGUGAUACUAGUGCCGGCGCAGACGAAGGGCGCGGGCCGCGCGGCCUCGCCGUGAAUGUACCCCACCCCGUUGCCCCCAGCUCGGGUCCCGCCACGGGGCAAACAUCGCCACAGGCAUCAAGCCCAUCGUCUGACAAGAGCUCCAAUGGUCGUGGCGGCGGCGCUGUUGAUCAGAAUCCACCCAUUAACACGCUCUAUGUCGGCAACCUCCCAAGUUCGCCACCACCGUCUGGACAUGCUCAUAGCUACCUUGAGGAAAGCCUCCGGGAGUUGUUCUCGCAGCAGCCCGGAUUCCGUAAGCUUUGCUUCCGUCAGAAGAGCAACGGGCCAAUGUGCUUCGUCGAGUUCGUAGACGUCAACUUCGCGAAGAAGGCUUUGGACGAGCUGUACGGUGCGACGCUGAAUGGCAUCAUCAAAGGCGGUGGUAUCCGGCUGUCGUAUAGCAAGAAUCCACUCGGCGUUCGAACGCCGACUAAUGCUCAGCAGCAACAGCCGUUGGCUGGUCCAGGGUCUAUCUUCCCUAUCGACGCAUUUCAGCGGGGCUUCGCCGAGAACGAGGCUUCGUACCGUCAUCAGCGCGACAGCCUUGUUUCCCCUACGUCUGCGGGUUUCUCGCAGUAUGGCAUGGGCAUGUCAUCGCCACCGCCGCGCUUCGUCUCGCCUCCACCUGUAGGGCCUUCUUCGAUUUUCGCUGGUCCCGCCCCGCGCCAGGCUCCGGGCGGUUUUUCGCCGCCGUCGAGCUUCUCUGCUUUCAGUCUUCAUAAUCUCCCGUCGAAUCAGUCGCAGCACGCAUUCAACACAUACACCCAGAUACCCGAGCAAGAGCAGAUCGGCCCUCACUCUCAGCAAAUCACACCCUCCACAUCCUCUGAUUCACAGCAGCAACAACCCCAAUCGCCGCCGGCUUCCUCUGCUUGA